UCACUUUAAUCGUCAAUUGACGGGUCGACUGGUCGCUGUGUGAAUUAAUAUAAAAUUUGUUAAAAUUAAUUUUAACUCGUAACUUUCAACAUUUCAUAGACUUUUCAACGUUUCAUUACUAAGUUUGUCUUGUAUCAGCUAUGACCACCAAAGUCCCUGCGAAAAAGUUCAAAUGGCAACUUGAUUUUGCUACAAGAUCCCGCAGCAGCUCGGACAUUGCUUCGCCCCCUGGUUUCAACACAUCCGCUGGCCAAGUUCACAGUGAGGUGGCUCGCGACAAUGACCAAAGCCAUUUGAUUCUGAAGAAAUCCUGGGACAUUGCGCUUGGUCCAAUAAAACAGUUCCCUAUGAAUCUGCUGAUAAUGUACAUGUCCGGGAAUUCGAUCAGCAUCUUCCCCAUCAUGAUGGUGGUAAUGAUGUUCAUUCGGCCAAUCAAGGCUGUUCUGUCGACCGGAGCCACGUUUAAAGUAAUCGAGGGAGUUCAAGCAACUGGCCAAAAGUUUGUAUAUUUUCUAGGAAAUUUGGUUAAUAUUGGUCUGGCGCUGUACAAAUGCCACAGCAUGGGGCUCCUGCCGACGCAUGCCUCCGAUUGGUUAGCGUUUGUGGAACCACAGGCUCGUCUGGAAUACUCGGGAGGUGGAAUGUCACUUUUUUAAAAAUGAUUUGUUGUUUUAAAGAAAACAAUAUAUUUCUCUGAUCAUGACGAUGAGAAAUACAAUUUGAGUCGAAUAAAAUCAUA